GUUGACGAGCGGGGGCAGGCAGCCACCGACGGGUGGGCCCCUUCGUGGUCGCCUGCUCACACCGGUCCCGUCGGCCGCCGCAGCCCGCAGCCCGCAGCCCGCAGCCCGUGAACCAUGGCUCGGUUGGUGCUUCUGACGCGGCGGGCCCAACACCCACCCGGUUCCCACUCACGCCAGGGGCCCGGUGGGCCGUGGUGGCAGGGUACGAUGGUUGGUGGUGCUCUGACGCAAGCAACUCAUCAUUCACGCGCGGCCUGCCGUUGCUCGACCGGUCCCACCUCCACCGCCAGCGGCCAGUGCAGUCGUGGUCUUCCUCCUCCUGCGUGUCCUCGUCCUUCUUCAUCCGUUUUCCCACUCUGCGUCCGUCCGUCCACGUCCAUCCAUCCCCAUUCCAUUCCCCGGUCAAACAAACUGCCCAGAGGAAAGUUGUAGCGCCUUUCCUUUCCUGCAAGUCCAGCGUCGGUUUGAUAAGAUAAUGCGGGCGGGGCGGAGAACGGCAGUUCCCACGCUGCCCAGUGCAAAGAUGUGUUGUUCGUUGCUGACUGACUGACCCGAGCCGCCGAGCGGGAGUCGUUGGGGGGCCCCGCCCGGGCCUGCACCAGCACCGCCGGUUGCGGUUGCUGGUUGGCUGGCCACGACCGCCGCUAGUGCCAGUGGAGGGGUUGCAUUUCUUCUCUCUGACCCAGCCUGCCUCUCGUUGGACCGGUCGUCGUCGAGGCCACUCCGUUCACUCCACUCCACCCAGGGGUGGGUCGGGAAUUGAAUUCCCCGCCGUCUCUACGCCUGCUGCCGCGGGUGGAAAAUAUCUAUCUGCACCGGGACGGACUAGUCGCCCGCGCGCAAGGUGCUCGACGGAUUGCUGCUACACCGGGCAGGCAUGGCGGCGGGCCGGGGCGACUGGGAGGACAUGGUGCGCCGGAUGUUCCCGCCGGGGACCACCAUCCCGGAGCCGCUGCCCGACAUGGACUACUCCUUCGCGCUGACGUACAACGGGCCGGACGUGUCGUACGAGCUCCCGCGGAUCCAGCCCGUCUGCGUCCCCGCCAUACCCACCGCCGAGCCGGCCUCGGGGCCCCUGGGGCUCGGCAGCGGCGUCGUGCCCGUCGCGCCCGUCGUCGGCCCUGCUGCGGCCCGUGCCCGUGCCAACCCGCCGGCAGCGUCCCGGGCUGGUGCUGCUGAUCGCCGUGCCGCGAGGAUGACGCCGUCGGAUUCCUCCGAUGACGAGGAGGACGACGCCGGCAGCUCCGGCUCCCGCUCCACGAAGGCCUCGAGGCCUGCAGUGCCGGAGGGGAGGCGACCUCAGGUGGUCACGUUCGGGGUGCCGGAGGAGGACAGCGGCGGCAGGUACGAGAGCAGCGAGAUGGACGGCGGACACGACGCGGCGUCCGCCGAGCAGCACGUCGCGGUGACGAGGCCGGCCGAGAGGAAAGGGCGGACCUGCUGCCGCCGCUGCGGGAAGAGCAAGUGGGAGAGCAAGGAGUCGUGCAUCGUCUGCGACGCGCGCUACUGCGGCCACUGCCUGCUCCGCGCCAUGGGCUCCAUGCCCGAGGGCCGCAAGUGUGUCACCUGCAUUGGCCAGCCCAUCGACGAGGCCAAGCGCUCCAGGCUCGGGAAGGGCUCUAGGAUACUGUCUCGCCUGCUCGGCCCCCUGGAGGUCAGGCAGAUCCUCAAGGUCGAGAAGGAGUGCCAGGCGAACCAGCUCCGGCCUGAGCAGCUCCUGGUCAAUGGUUUCCCUCUUGACGACGAGGAGAUGACCGAUUUGCUUAGCUGCCAACGACCUCCUGGGAACCUCAAGCCUGGAAGAUAUUGGUAUGAUAAGGAGUCAGGAUUGUGGGGAAAGGAAGGUGAAAAGCCAGACAGCAUCAUUAGCACUAACCUCAACUUUAACGGAAAGCUUCAGCCUGAUGCUAGUAACGGCACCGCUCAGGUUUUCAUUAACGGGCGGGAAAUUACAAAGAUUGAACUGAGAAUUCUAAAGAUUGCAAAAGUCCAAUGCCCCCGUGAUACUCACUUCUGGGUUUACCAUGAUGGUGGCUACGAGGAAGAAGGACAAAACAAUAUCAAAGGGAAAAUAUGGGAGUCACCUUUGACACGUUUUGCGUGCGCCUUGGUUUCACUACCGGUGCCUCCUACAAACUUUGAUGCGACAAAAGAUGAAGCCCCUUAUUCAUCAAAAACUGUACCUGACUACUUAGAUCAUAAAAGAAUACAAAAGCUUCUUAUUCUUGGAUCUCCUGGAGCUGGAACAAGCACCAUAUUUAAGCAGGCUAAGUUGUUAUACGGCAAUAGAUUUACUGAUGAGGAACUUGAGAAUAUCAAACUAAUGAUCCAAAGCAACAUGUUUAAGUACCUGGGGAUUCUGCUUGAGGGCCGGGAGCGCUUUGAGGAAGAGGCUUUGGCUGUACCAAAUCACCCAAGCUCAGUGGGCGAUGAUCCUCAGCAAGAUGAAAGUAAAUCUUCAAGUUCCAAUUCUUGCAUCUACUCGAUAAAUGCAAAACUGAAGAAGUUUUCCGAUUGGCUCCUGGACAUCAUAGCGACAGGAGACCUAGAUACAUUCUUCCCUGCAGCUACCCGUGAAUAUGCUCCAGUUGUUGAUGAGUUGUGGAAAGAUCCUGCCAUUCAAGCAACAUACAAAAGAAAGGAUGAAUUGCAUUUUCUCCCUGAUGCUGCUGAGUACUUCUUGAGCAGGGCUGUUGAAGUAUCAAGUAACGAAUACGAACCGUCAGAGAAAGACGUGAUAUACGCUGAGGGAGUAACACAAGGGAACGGAUUGGCCUUCAUUGACUUCACCUUGGAUGACCGGAGCCCUAUGUCAGAAUCCUUUGGCGACAACCACGAUGCGUACCCUCAACAACCAGUAAACAAGUACCAGCUGAUUAGAGUGAGCGCCAAGGGCAUGAACGAGGGCUGCAAGUGGGUGGAGAUGUUUGAGGAUGUUAGCAUGGUGAUCUUCUCUGUAGCGCUCAGCGACUACGACCAGCUCGGAGCCCCAGCGAGCGGCAGUAGCAGGACACUCGUGAAUAAGAUGAUCCAAAGCAGGGACCUGUUUGAGGCUACAAUCAGUUACAGGCAGCCGUGCUUCCGUGACACGCCGUUCCUGCUUUUGCUGAACAAGUACGACGCGUUCGAGGAGAAGAUCGGGCGGUCCCCGCUGUCGUCGUGCGAGUGGUUCGGCGACUUCUGCCCGCUGCGGACGCACCACAACAGCCAGUCGCUGGCGCAGCAGGCGUUCUACUACGUGGCCAUCAAGUUCAAGGACCUGUACGCGGCGAGCACGGGGCGGAAGCUGUUCGUGUGGCAGACGCGCGCCCGCGACCGGCCCACCGUUGACGAGGCCUUCCGCUACGUCCGGGAGGUCCUCCGGUGGGAGGACGAGCGUGGCGUCGCCGGGUACUGCCCCGACGAGUCCUUCUACAGCACCACGGAGCUCAGCUCGUCCCGCCUCAUCGCCGCUGCACAGUGACUGUCGCAGCGUUGUUUUGUGUAUAAUGAUCGUAUGCUUGCUUGUUUCCCGAACAAAUCAAAUGCUAUCAAAUAUAGUGAUCUGAGUGAUGAGCAGAAAA